AAGACUGCAGCGAAACCCCCAGCAACAAUUCCAAGGCCAGAAUCAAUUCAGUUUGAAGCUUUGCUACAGUUGGUAGAACAGCUUUCUGAGUCUCUUUGGAUGCAAAUGUCCAGAGUUGCGUCUAACCACUACAACUGGAGUCUGACCUGUCACCCUGAUUCAAUAAAACAACUUGGCACUGCACUACUUGAAGAUCUCUCAGUAUCAAACAAAAAUCAUGACAGCAAUGAGUUUGAACUCAGUGAAACUGAGGUAGAAAUUUGGUUACUCAAAGCAGCUUUAUUCCGGAAAAUUUUUGAUACUGUUUUCUUCAAAUGUUUCAACUUGAUAACAGAUUUUAAUAUUACUGAUGCAAGUGCCUCUUCUGUAUUGGAGCAUCAAUUAAUUCAACUGCCUCGUGUUACUGGAGUCAAUUGGAACAAAUUUAAUACACUUCUUGAUUUCUCAUCUCUAGUUUACCUUUCUCAUCAUCUCCCCAAGGAACUCUGUGCAAAAUGGACCCUCUUAUUCAGUAGUCGACUCCAUGGUAACAGUUUUUCACAAUUAAUCUCAUAUAUUCUAAAUAAAGGGCCCACUGUCUUAAUUAUUCAAGACAAAGACAAGCAUUGUUUCGGUGGGAUAACCAGCUGUAGCUGGCAACUGCGACCCAAAUUUUAUGGUUCUCAUGAUUGCCGUUUAUUCUCUCUCAGACCAAAUCUUGCUGUGUAUUUACCUUCUGGUUAUAAUGACCACUUCAUGUACAUGAACCAAGGACAACAGACCAUUCCAAAUGGAAUUGGAAUGGGUGGACAGUUACAUUAUUUUGGUUUAUGGAUCGAUGACAGUUUCGACACCGGCCACAGUAAAGCCAUUCCAAGGUGUACCACCUACAGCAGUCCGCAGUUGUCUGGUCAGACAGAGUUCCAAGUUGAUGCUAUUGAAGUAUGGAGCAUUCAGUCUUUGGUUCCGGAAGCAUCGCAGGGAGGAGGCAGCAUUCUUGAUGGCAAUGCUGAUACCAAAGCGCUUUUGGAAAUGAUUGGCAAGGAGCGACACAGUGACGGAUUCCGCAACCCAGAUAAUGAAUCAUUGUGACAUAACUUAUUAUUAUUAUCAUUGUUUUUAUUAUUAUUAUUAUUAUUAUAAGUAAAUCUUUGACAUUUCCACAAUAGAAGAAGACAAUCUUCAUUUUAUGGUCCAAUACAAACAAUUUUAUUUUCUCUGCUUCAACUGUAAUAAUAAUAGUAAUAAUAAUAAUAAUAAUAUAUAAAUGAAUGCCACCUGUGUACAUAAUUAGUAACUGUAUUGAUUACAGAUAUUAACGAUCUUUGUUACCAUCUUCUGGAUGUAGCUUCUUAAAGCAAUUUUUGACUGCUUCUGCAAAAUUUAUUGCAACAAUAAUGUAUUCUUUGUUCUUCUGUCUUGAAAUGAAGCAAUACCUUUUUUCUUCCAAGUGCCGUAAUUUAUUUAAUUACUAAUUAAAUUAUUAUUUAAAAUAAAUCUCAUAACUGAGAUGAAAAUUUAAUAAAUAAAAAACAAAAAUGAUUGAAAAAUAUCUUGAAAUAAUGAUAAUUAAUAAUUUAAUUUUAUCAUUAAUUUGUUUAUCAAAUAGAAAACAUUAUUUUAAUAAUUAAAUUUAUGAAAAAUAAAAAACAUGCAUUGAAGACUUUAAUUCUUAUUGGUGUCUCCCCCCCCCCCCCCAACUCCAUCCUUUGUCGUGCUCCCUGUACACUUGUUAUUUAGGUUUAUUCCCUCCCCUUCUACUCUUCUGUAAUGUCUCAGUAUUUAUUGUGAGACUGCAACAAAAUCCUCUGAAAUUAUUGCCCAGAUACCCUUUAAAGGGGUUUUCAAUGAUGUUUAUCUAAAUUCUGUGAAACUUAUUUAUUACUGCUCAAUAUUUACUUGGCAUAUCAUAUUUAAUUAAACCCAGCUGAAGUGAAUUUUGUCCCCAAAAUAUCAGGAUAUUUGUUAUAGAGAAUAUUUUGCUUUUAUGUCAGUAUUUACAAUGAGCUUAUAAUCUCCCAUCAUCGUAUUAUAAUCUCCCACCAACGUAUUAUAAUCUCCCACCAUCGUAUUUUAAUCUCCCACCAACAUAUUAUAAUGUCUCAACAACAUAUAAUGUCCCACCAACAUAUUAUAAUGUCCCACUAACAUAUUAUAAUCUCUCACUAUCGUAUUAUAAUGCCCCACCAACAUAUUAUAAUGCCCCACCAACAUAUUAUAAUGCCCUGCCAACAUAUUAUAAUGCCCCGCCAACAUAUUAUAAUGCCCCACCAACAUAUAAUGUCCCACCAGCAUAUUAUAAUGUCCCACCAGUAUAUUAUAAUGUCCCACCAACAUAUAAUAUCCCACCAGUAUAUUAUAAUGUUCCACCAACAUAUAAUGUCCCACCAACAUAUAAUGUCCCACCAACAUUUUAUAAUGUCCCAUCAAUGUAUUAAAAUGUCCCAGCAACAUAUCAAAGCCAUAAUAUUUAAAAUUUAUUUUGCUGUAGAUUCUCUGUGAAAUAUUAAAAUAAGUUACUCUUAUUCUUGACCAUUUCUUCUUGGAUUCCUCUUCCUUCUGUCAGUAAUGCCAUUAAUGUCUGGCAAACUAUUUUCGUUUUAUGUGUUCUGACAUUUCAGCUGCUAUUCUCCUCCCUCUUCGCUGAAUUCUUCCCCAUCUGUGUAUCGUUCGCCCAUUUCUACAGUCUGUCUGUUGGUUUCACUCACAAUUAUCUGUCCUUCCAACACGUUGCUAAUGGAGAAUAGCAACAUGUUUACACAUCCUUGAAGUUUUCAAUGAACCUUCAUCAUCAAUCAUCCUUAACCCUACUCUAUAUCUCAAUGACUUAAAACCUAAAUCAUCAGUCAUCUUUUAUCCCAUUCGGCAUUUCAAUAACUUAAAUUUUUGAUUGCUCAAAACAGUUCAGACUCACUCUCUCAGGCUUAAUUUCACAUCAACAUACUACUACUACUACUACUACUACUACUACUACUACUACUACUACUACUACUAAUAAUAAUAAUAAUAAUAAUAAUAAUGGAAGAUAGUCGUUAACCGAUGACGAAUGAAAUGAUAAUAAUAACUGACAAUUGUGCAGUGUUCAUAGUUUCUAAAUGCACAUAAAAAUGUUAAUUAUAUAAUUACGUCAAUUAAAAGCUAUCAGAGUUGGUUACAUCAGAGUUGUAGAAUAUUAUUUCUUAGACUUUCAAGUUCCAUAUUUAAUGAGGUGUUUAGUUUCUCCUAAUUCCAAAGAAAUCCAGAAAUAUCAAUCAAUGAAUUUUUGUUAAUUUGUUUAAAAAUUUUACCUUAAUAAUCUAUUAAUGGCUAAUUAGCAACAGUUGCUAGUCUACCUUUGGCAAAUGAAAUGUUAGCCACAUACAAAUUGUUUUUGUUGCUUUGAAAUAAUUUUUUUUUGUUUUUUAUAAAUUUACUUUAAUUUUUGUUGUUUUACUGUCAGUGAUCACUUUUUAGCUAAGUUACAUCUACUGCUAAUAAUAAUAAUAAUAAUAAUAAUAAUAAUAGUAAUUAUAUACUUAACUCAAUACUUAAUAUCACAGUCUUGACCAGACUUUUGUAUGUAUGUUAUACAUCGCUGGUCACAAUGCACUUUACAUUGUUUUAGCUUUCAAACAACAUCACCCUGCUGGCUAGGCAAACAGACCGGCAUUGCCCCCGACCCAAAGGCUAAUCCAUCACAGGGUUACCCAUUUACGACUUAGUGGACGGGAUCAAUAUGAAAUAAAGUGUUUUGCUCAAGAACACAAUGCAUUGCCUGGUCUGGGAAUUGAACCCAUAAUCUAAUGAUUGUAAGCGCAACACCCUAACCCCUAGGCUACACUAAUAAUGCUUAAUAUAGUUAAUUCUAAUAAUGUUUUAUACAAUUAACUUAGUAUUACCAAUUAUACUAAUAUGCUUAAUGUAACCAAAGUAAUUAUAUAGUUAAUGAUAUUUUAUAUAAUUAAUAUUAAUAAUGACUAACUUGAUAAUUACACUUUAUACACUUAAAACUAAUAUUGUUUACUUAAUACUAAAAUGUUAACCUAAUGUUGGUUUCAGAUCUUUGGCACAAGGCCAACAAUUCCAGGGUGGGGGGAAGGGUUAGGGUUGAUUACAUCAACCCCAGCGCUCAACUGGUACUUUAUUGACCCCCAAAAGGAUGAAAAGCAGGGUUGACCUUUGUGGAAUUUGAAUUCAGAAUGUUAAGAUUGAGGAAAUGGUGCUGAACGUGUGGCUCUACGCGCAUGAGUGAUUCUGCUAGCUCAGUGUUUUAGUUAACCUAAUAUUAAUGAGUUUGUAUGUUUAAAUUAACAUUAAUAUUGUAGUUUAAUUAACUCUAAUUAAUAUCGUUGACUUAAUGAGGCAGCUGACAGAAUUCUUGGCAUGCCGAGCAAAAUGCUUUGUGAUAUUUUGUUCACCUUUGUUUUGAGAUCAAAUUCUGUCAAGGUUGAUUUUGCAUUUCAUCCUUUCGGGGUCAGUAAAGUGAAUAUUGAUUGAGUAUUGGGGGUUGAAGUAAUUGACUGACCUCCUCCCCCAAAGUUGUUGGCCCCUGUGUCGAAAUUUGAAACAAAUAAUUUAACUGGUUCAUUGGAAUGUCUGACAAAAUGUCAUUUAGUUUCUCUUCUCAUUUUUUAUAUUAUAAGUUCAAAUCUUGCUGAGUUUAACUUUUAUCAUCCUUCUCUCUGGGUCAGUAAAAUAAAGUGCCAGUCAAAUUCUGGAUUCAGUGGUAUUGAUUGAACCCCCUCCCCUCAAAAUUGCUGACUUUGUGCUUUGUGAGCUGUUAGAAUUGCUUGCAGUAUUUGUUCCAACUCUUUACAUUUGGAGUUCAAAUCCUGCUGUGGUCAACUUGUCCUUUCAUCCCUCUGGGGUUUGAUUACAAUAAAGUAUCAGUCUGGGGAUGGGGAGGGAUGUGCUGAGGGUAUUGAUUAACCUUCAAAAUUGUUGACCUUCCUCCUUAAAUUAGAAACCAAGGCAGUGAACUGGUAGAAUCGGAUAAAAAUACCUUCCAUUAUUUCUUUUGACUCUUUUACCUUCUCAAUUCAAAUCCCUCCGAGAUCAACUUUGUCUUUCAUCUUAAAACAAAACACCUGUCAUGUUCUGGGGUUGAUGUAACUGACGAACCUCAUCCCAUAAGCAUUGCUGGCCUUGAGCCAAAAAUUUGAAGCAAUUAUUAUCAUUGAGGUCAACCUUGCUUUUCAUCCUUUGAGGGUUGUUGAAAUAAGUAUCAAUCGAAUAUUAGGGAUCCAUGUAAUUGACAAGCCUCCUCUCCCAAACUUUCAGGCCUUGUGCCUAGAGUAGAAAGGAUUUUAUUUUUAUUAGAAGUAGUAGUAGUAGUAACAACAACUAUUACUCUUUCUUAAAUCUGUUAAGUACCACCUUUCUUUUAACUGACUUUCAUUUCCAGUGCCUUUUGUAGUAAUACUCCCUGGUUCUCCUACUCACUAUGUCCCCGUGUCCCCUUAGCAGCUGUUCUAUAUAUGUGAGACAAUAUCUUUGUCCAUUUUACAUAAUUUCGCUUCACUGCAAUGUCUGUGUUUUCUAUGUUUUGUCUACCAAAUCACAGCUGUUGCUUCAGGCUGUCUCAGUUAUCUCCCCUCCUACUGUCUCCACUAGGUGGUGCGUCUUCACUCUUUUGUGCUUCAUCGGGCAGCUUUUAUGUAAUUUAGUUGCAUUCAUUGACCUGUGUCUCUCUUCUUCACUUGAUUUUCCCCUCUUUCCAUUCUAGCUUUCUCUACUAAAUCCACUCUGAACUUCAUAUUUAUUUGUAACUUUAUUUAUUGAUCACAAAUUUUAAAAUUUCAUUUCUAAACGUUGGAAUUCAUGUUUUGAGAUUUAAACUUUGGAAUUGAUUUAUUGAGAUUUAAACUUUAGAUUUGUACAGUUUUGUUUCAUUGGUUUCUUUUUGUUGUUGUUGUUGUUUUAAACAUUACUAUAAGAAUUUGUUAUUGCUAUUAUUAUUAUUAUUAUUAUUAUUAUGGCAGUGAGCAGGUAGAAUUGUUAGCUCUCCCAGCAAAAAGUACUGGGGUUGAUGUGAUCCCUCCCCUUGAAAUUGCUGGCCUGCAAAAUUGUGCAGAAUUAUUGGUGCAUCAGACAAAUAUGCUGAGUGGCAUUUCAUUUGGCUCUUAACAUUCUGAGUUCAAAUCCUGCUGUGGUCAACUUCGUCUUUCAUCCUAUCCUAGAAGGUAAAAUAUAGAACCAAAUUCCAGGCUUUGGGCCUAUAUUACAAACUAUUAUUAUUGGUUUCAAGAUCAGUAAUUUCAGGAGAUAAGGGUAAGUCGUUUACACCGACCCCAGUACAUGACUGGUACUUAUUUCAUUGACCCUGAAAGAAUGAAAGGCAUAGUUGACCUCAGUGGAAUUUGAACUCAGAGCAUAAAGAUUUUGUCAGAUGUGCUUGUUUCUGCCAGCUUGCCUUACUAUUAUUAUUAUUAUUAUUAUUAUUAUUAUUAUUAUUAUUAUUAUUAUUAUUAUUAUUAUUAUUAUUAUUAUUAUUGCUGUUGUCUUUAAUAGUUUCAUGCAAGUUCCUACUGCAUCACCAGACUCACCUCCACGUUCCUGCUGUUUAUUUGUGUUCUUGGUCCUUGUUUGUUUAUUUCAUUGGUCUUUGUUUGUUUUUGGUGCUAUUCUAAUAUUCAAGUAGUUCAGUGUCACUUGUGGUGUGUGUAUGCACACACACACACAUAUAUAGAUGAUAUAAUCAUCAUUUCAUGUUUAUCUUCCUUGCUGGUAUGGGGUAUGUAUGUAUAUUUUGAUUGCUGUUGUGUGUUUAAAUGCCAGACAGUGUGUAUAAUAUUUAAUGUGUUAUUUCUUUACUACCCACAAGGGGCUACACACAGAGGGGACCACCAAGGAUAGACAAACGGAUUAAGUCGAUUAUAUCGACCCCAGUUGCGUAACUGGCACUUAUUUAAUCGACCCCGAAAGGAUGAAAGGCAAAGUUGACCUCGGCGGAAUUUGAACUCUGAACGUAGCGGCAGACGAAAUACCGCUAAGCAUUUCGCCCGGCGUGCUAACGUUUCUGCCAGCUCUCCGCCUUAUAAUAUUUAAUGUGUGUAGUGUUAGUGGGUUUCAGCUGUGUAGAAUGUGGGUUGUGUGAAUUGUUGGUUUGAUGGUGCCUAUUAUUAUUAUUAUUAUUAUUAUUAUUAUUAUUAUUAUUAUUUUUGGUAGCUGUAGCUAACCAUAUCAGUGGGACACUGGAUGUGUGUCUUACAGUAGCAUGUGUAUUUAUCUUCUGAGUCCAAAUUUUGCUGGGGUUUAUUCUUAACAUGUAACACCACUCAUUCCAAAAUAUCUGGUCAGACACCAAUCUAUACUUGAUACAACAGCCAACUGGGGCAAAUAAUGGGUUGUGAAUUUGUAGCUUUAUGCUAUUUACAUUUUUCCUUGGGCAUUUAAAUAUAUAAAUAAGUAAAAUAUAAAUAUUAAUCAUAAAAAAGAAAAUAUUCCACCUUCCAUAUAUGGCCAUGCUAGCUAUUUAUAUUGGUUGGAGCCAAGCUGACCAUGGCUAUUAAAUAAUACUGGAGAGUGAGGCUGAAGUUGUAAACUUUAUGGACAAUGUACUUGUCCACUUGGAUUUUGGAUAUUAUAUAAUUACUCAUUAACAAAAAUGCUAUUGACACUGUCAAUGCUUUAUGCUGUUUAAAGAAUAAUAAAUUUGUACUCUAGCAAAUGUAUUGAGUUUAAUGUAAAAUUGUUUUUAUUAUAAUAUAAAGAACAAAUGUGUGUGUGUGUGUGUGUGCUCAGUCUUUGCUGCUCAAUUCAAGAACUGCACCUAAUUCUUGUGACCAUAUUUUGCUUUGGAAGAAAAAUGUAUUAGUUUUAGUAUUGCUGCUCUGUGUAUGUGUGUGUGUGUGUGUGUAUACGCACAGACAAAAAAGUGCAGAUAAGUUCUACUUAGUAGUAGUAGUAGUAGUAGUAGUAGUAGUAGUAGUAGUACUACUACUACUACUAUUACUGUUUGUUCUAAUAUGAGAAUUCAAUGAAAGUUAUUUGUUGAGCAAAAGUUUGUUGUUCAAAGUGGACAGUUGAAUACCAGCCAGUGGUCAAUAAUUUCGUCCUCAGUAACAGGAUUGUGUCCUCAUCAUCAUCACCAUCAUCUUCAUCCUACUUUUUACUGCUGGCAUGGAUUAAACAGGUCAUCACGGCCCUCAUCAUCUAACAUACAAGUGCACACAGCAACAGAGGAAACUGGCCAACUUUGUUGCAGGUUGGUUAUUGUGCCACGAAGGUGUGUUACAGUGGCACAGUCUGUAGAGAGAUGCUUCCAGAUUGAAGCAUCUUCUGUGCCCUGAAUCUAUUCUUCUUUGGGAGUUACUGUUCAUGUAGAUGGGUUGCUUGCCUGUUUGAGGGCUUGUGGAAUCUAUGUCUUGCCUGUAUGGUCCAUUUCUGGUAUGUAUGUAUAUACACAUAUGUAUGUAUGCUUAGGAGUAUAACACUUAAUGUUCUGGGUUCGAAUCCCAUUGAGACCAACUUGAUGUUUUAUCCUCAAAGAGUCCAAACAAUAAAGUAACAAUCAAGUACCAGGGUUCAUUUGAUUAAUCACUCCCCACCCUGGGCCUAUGUAAGGAAUUAUUAUUAUUAUUAUUAUUUUUACAUCAAGAUGGUGGAUUGGUGAAUUAUUAGAAAUUGAAAAGAAAUACAACAUUGUAUUUUCUCUGGUUCUUUACUGAGUUCAAAUCUCAGUGAAGUUAACUUUGCUUUUCAUCCCUCCAGGGUCAAUAAAGUAAAAUACCUCCCCUCAAAGUUACUGGCCUUGUUCCCAAAUUACAAAAAAAACCCCUAUUAUUAUUACUAUUAUUAAUUAUUCUAUAGAACGUCUGUCGGCUGUAUUUUGUCUGACAGAAUGUUCUCUAUGGCUGUGCCCUAUUAUAUCUACAAAAGAAUGAUGAAAAUUUCUAUAAAUAUAUCUUGUAAUGAUUCUGUAUUAAAACAAUAAUAAUAAUAAUAACUUUGCUGUUUAUGUAAGAUGCCAUUGAACCUUAUGUGUGUGUUGUUGUUGUUGUUGUGUUACUUGUGAUAACGAGUCUUAUAUUAGUUGGAUUGCAUUGCAAUGCCUCAUUAUGAAUACAUCGUCAGGAAUAGGACAUAAUUGUGUGUCUAUUUAUCUGCAUACAUACACACACACACACACGCACACACAGACAUGCAUGCACACAUAUAUACUCACAUGGAGAUUUUCUUAUACAAGAUGUACAUACAUAGACAUAUUUACACACACUGAAAACCCUUUAAGAACAAACAUACACAUGCCACCUCUCUUGUGUCUCACUCACACACACACACACACACACACACACACACACACACACACACAUGUGUGUGUGUGAUAUAUAUAUAUAUAUAUGUGAUAUAUAUAUAUAUACACAUAUGUUUGUUCUCUAAUUAAGGAUAUAUAUAUAUAUAUAUAUAUAUAUAUAUAUGCGUGAGAUAUAUAUAUAUAUAUAUAUAUAACUACAGAAAAAAUAUAUAUUGAUAUAUGUUUAAAAGAUGGAAUGAACAAGCUUUAAUCACAACAAUUGUUUCUGUGCAAUGAAACAAACAGUUGUGAUUAAAACCUGUUCAUUCCAUCUUCUUGUUUUAUAAGUCUUUAUAUAAAUUUUGUAUACACUAGCAGAGUUCCACUUGUAUACCCAGAAAAAGAGAUAAUCCUAUUGUACGGUGGCAUGUGUUAGCUGAUAAGCUCAUGUCUAUUUCAAAGCUUCUUUAUGGUUAUUACCUAAAUGAUAUUAAAUAUAAAUGAACACAUCUUCAUUCAUUAAUGAUGAUACUGUGUCUAUAAAUAUUCUUACCAAAACAAGAGUAAAUAUGUUUACAGAAGAUGCCACUCUCAGACAUUGUAUUGACAGAAAACGUGCCAUGUCUUGAAACCUUGACAGUUCAAAUUCUGACGAAGUAUGGCCAACCGAAACGUCACUUAACAUCAAUCAACCUCAUUAUAAAUGUACGGUGUGAUUGCAUAAUCUCUGAAUAGCAGAGUUAUUAAUUAAAUGUGAGGUUUGAUUAUGAGGAUUAGUUUUUAACUAAAGUUUUAAAUUUGAAAUUUAGAACACCUUUACUAAUGGCUUUUAUAAUGAGCUUAACAACUAUACCUCCACCAUCAUCAUCAUGAGCAUCGUUAAUGUUCAUUUUUCUGCGCUUGCAUUGGUCAGAGAAGGUUUCCCAGGGAAGACAAAAAAUGAACAACACCACCUGUAUGAUGCUGAUGCUCAUUUACAGCCAUCAUGUGCCAUCAAGAAAAGGUUACACACACACACACACACACAACAGGUUUCUUUUCAGUUUCUGCCUACCAAAUCCAGCCACAAGUCUUUGGUUGGCCAGGGGCUAUUGCAAAAGACACUUGCCAAAGCUGUUGAGAACCCAACAUCACAUGGCUGAGGUGCAUGCAUGUCUGUGUCUGCAAACACUGUCCAAAUAUUUGUUGUCCCUACCUGGAUGUGAUAUGAAACCUAAAUGCAAAGUAAUACACCAACGUGUGUGUGUGGUCAUGGCUGAUGGUUCUAUCAUCAAAGGUACCCAAAUUAUUCAAGAUGCUUUAAUGUAUAUCUUUAUUUAUUGUCUCAGCAGUAUAUGUUGAUAUAUAUAUAUAUGUGUGUGUGUGUGUUUAUAAAUAUAAUUAAGCUUAGUACAUUGUUAAUGUUGUUGUUAUUGAAGACGUAUUGUCAAAAUGGUGACCUGUUAGAAGUUUUCCGUGAUAUUUUGUAUCAAAGAAAAUCACUGACUUUUAUUUCAUAGCAAUUUCCAUUGUUGUUGUUGUUGUUGUUUAAAUUUGAAAGCUUGUUAUUAUUUUCAAAUAAAAUUGCUUGCUUCUUGUUAA